UAUGAUUUUUGGCUGUUUUGGUCUGAAUAGAGUAUAAUUUGUGUGUAAAGUGGGGUUGACAGCACACUAAUCCUGCGUUCGGUGAAGUUUGUACAUUUAUCAUUUUCUUUAGCCUGCAUGGCAGGCCGUACAGGGGGAGGGAAAGGGUCAAAAUGAGCGCGGGAGGAUCGACCCUACCAUCACGCGCUCGGUGUGCUCGAUCCUGCUUCGUGCGCUCGUUUUUUUCCCUUUCCCUCCCCUUCGGACACCUGCCACGCAGGCUACCAUUUUCUUUUGAUUUUUGGUCUCUCGACCCUUCUCCUAUGUAAUAAAAUCAUACAAACAUUUCCUUUAACAUUGUCAGAACUAGGAAACUGAUUAUGAAAUGGGGUAUCGAAUAUCUGGUCAGGUCUGAAAAGGGUCGGAGGGAAAAUCGGAGAUUUUGGUCUGAAAUAAGGUAAGAGUUUCGGAAAGCGGGCUGCACACCACCAACCUCCUGGCAUCAGGUUGCGAUUAAUUCGCUUAUCCUUCAUUGAAAAUUAUGCCCUGUUUAAUCUAACAACACGAAAAUGGUCUUGGAAAGACAGGAAGAGGAAAGAAACAACCUCGUCGAGGAGAAGGCCCCAGGGACGGGUUCAGUACUGACGGGGUCUGGGUGCUACUCGCGACUAUAAUAGUAACAGGGCCGAAAAUUGUCCUGGGUAAUUCAUACUGAAGUCAAAAUGGAGGUAAUUUCUUGGCCAGGCGAUUGGAAUCUUCCCUCCAUAGACAUCAGCUGUUUAGAAGUUUUGGCUUACGCUAAAUUUGCUGAGUGUCCGCUAAGAGUUAAUCGAUGCAACAAUCCUUGGAAAUCUCCUGUAGGAGAAUUCCCAGUUUUACAAUCCGGUGAAGAUAUUUUAACAACACCAAGCAAGAUCAUGGAUUACAUGAGGGAAAAAAACUUCAAUGCUGAUUAUCAGUUGACAGCCAAACAGGGGGCAGAUACUCUUGCAUUUGUUUCUCUGGUUCGGAACAAACUGUAUCCAGCAAUUUCAUUUACAUUUUGGGUGGAUAAUAAGAAUUACACCAAAUUCACUCGUCCAUGGUAUGCACGUAGAUUGCCAUUUCCUUUGAACUAUUUCAUUCCUGGGCGGAUCUCAAGACAGACAAGAUGGCAAAUAUCUGAUGGAAUGUAUUCAGAGGAAACAGAUGAUGUACUGGAAAAUAAGCUUUUUAAGGAUGCCUUGGAAUGUUUUAAACUGUUAUCUACUCUGCUGGAUGGAAAAGAGUUUUUCUUUGGAGACAGUCCAACCACCCUUGAUGCAGUGGUGUUUGCUCACCUUGCAGUGAUCUGGAAAGCGCGUUUGCCAAAUAAUAAGUUGUGUAAUUACUUGCAAGGAUAUGAUAACUUGUGCUCAUUCUGUGGUCGUAUAUUACAGCGCUACUUUCCACCAGAGGAAGAAGAACAGCAACAGUCUCAGUCAUCUUCCGACCAAGAUGACACAUCAGACUCAACUGAAAAGCGUAACAAAUGGCUUGCUUUUGGUGUGGCUGCCCUGGCCAUGACACUGUACGCACUGUCCACUGGCUUGGUUCAAGUAGAAAUUAGAAGAACUGAAGAAUUUGAUGACUUGGAAUCAUCUACUCCCGACAUGCCUGCAUUUAUGUCUGGAGAGCAAGAGAACAGUGAAGAAAAUACCUCAGGUUGAAAUGGAUUUACUUUUGAUCCGGCUGUAGACAGAUGUAUAAAAUUUGAAACUACAUAGCACUACAGUCACUGAAAUUACUGUGGCAGUAUAACUAAGGUGAUUCCUUAGUAUUACAUUGCGCAUCCCUACUGCGCACGAUUUUCGCGUCAUUAGCGCGCGCACAUGAGUGCGUGCGCGUACAGAACGUAAGAAAUUUCCCUCAAACUAAGCUCGAUAGCGAAGUAAAUGCUCCUUUUCUCUUAAACGAGCACGGUGACCCCYACUUUUUAUUUCAUAAUUUCAAUGAGAACAAUAUCCUCAAUAACUGAGAAAAAAAUUAGCAGAAAUCUAUGGCUACUUUUUUGGCAAUUGAAAUGCAUACUACAAUCUCGUUCCCAGAGUCUUCGUUCCCCUUGACCAGCGGUCGGAAAACGAGAGCUCUGGGAGCAACCAUUUCAGGCAUGCGCCAUAAACGCAGACUGCGCAGUGAAACCGGAUGGACAGAAUCACCAGAAUUCGGUUAUUUCAAAAUGGUUUAUUUUGUGCAUACUACAGAAGGAGUCAUAACGGGCCCAACGGCGCAUGUCCAAAUUGUUUCCUUUAAAGGAUAAAAAAUGCAGGGUAUUUUAAGACAUUUUUUUCUGGGACGUAGAUGAAUAAACAAUCAAAGAAAGUCAAACUCUGUGUAAUAUAACACGCUGCUUUGAAAAAUAAUCCAGCUUAUUUGUUGCGCACGGAGAUGACCAAAAGUCACCUAAAUAACCGUAUUUGUCAGCAUUGUGGCGUAGAAACAAGCACGGUGACCCCCUCUUUUUGCUACGUUUUUAAUAUCUCCUUGUCCUGUAACAACAGCAUACCAAGUUUCAUCGGAAAUCUAUGGCGGGUUCUUUUACUAGGGGAUCACCUUAAGAAACUCUGUGGACGUGUGGGCAGAUGUAACAGCCUAAUGGUCGGUGCCCUGGACUCCUGAUCAAGGGGCACAAGUUCAAGCUCGGACCGGAGUCAUUGCAUUUGCAGAAAAAAAUUACUCUUAAAGUGAACCUCUGCUGACUCCACCUAGGUAAUAACAAGUAUUACCAGACUUGUGGCAUCAGCAAAUACACUACAAUGUGAGAUCAAUCGGAUUCAUUAAAGCUGAACGUCUACUGAUAUGAAUUAAAUUGGAAAUGUAUGUAUACUUACCUGGAAAUAUAGCCUCUCAAACCUAAA